UCUCUCUCUCUCUCUCUCUCUUCCCGCUUUUUUAUUCCCUUCCUCCACCACCAUCUUCAGAUCUCCUCCGCCCUCAUCGCCACCCCUUUUCACCUCUCCGGCAGCCCAUCUCCAGAAUUCCAUCAUCCCUUUAUCCUUCUUCCCCUUUCCAAGCUCCAAUUUCCCACUGUUUCUUGAUUUUCCCACCAAAAAUCCGUAAAAAAUUGAUCUUUUUAGUUCAAGAAAAAAUAGCAGAUCAUGCAGCAGCAACAGCAGCAGCAGCAGCAGCAGGCGUUGAAGAAGCAGCUGCCAUUCACCUCGAUGAAGCCGCCUUUUGGUGACUACCAUCACUUCUCCACCGACCCUCAUCGGCCGCCCCUUGAGCCGGAAGCUGUUAUUGUCAAGUCUCCGCCCCCUGCACCUCCGCCUUUAAAAAGGAAGAAUGAUGUGGUAGAUGUUGAAGUUGAGUCUAAUGAUCAGAACCAUGGUCUUGGUUAUACCGAUGCUGCCAAUGUUUCGGCAAAAACACCUGUAUCGGGAAAAGUUGGAAAAGCACAAAAAGCUCCAAGGAUGACAAAGGCGAGUAGAUCUGGUUCUCAAACUCCUGCGACAAAUGUUGGUUCUCCUUCGGGCAAUCAUCUCACGCCAGUUGGUCCAUGUCGCUAUGAUAGCUCCCUUGGUUUGUUGACAAAGAAGUUCAUUAAUCUGAUUAAACAUGCUGAAGAUGGCAUCCUUGAUCUAAAUAAAGCUGCUGACACAUUAGAGGUGCAGAAAAGGCGUAUAUAUGACAUAACAAAUGUCCUAGAAGGCAUUGGACUCAUUGAAAAGAAACUCAAGAACAGGAUUCAGUGGAAGGGUCUAGAUGUAUCAAGACCUGGGGAGGUUGAUGAGAGUGUUGCUAGCUUGCAGGCGGAUAUAGAAAAUUUAACAAUGGAAGAGCACAGAUUAGAUGACCAAAUAAGAGAAAUGCAGGAAAGGUUGAGAGACCUGAGUGAAGCUGAGAAUAACCAAAAAUGGCUAUUCGUUACUGAAGAAGACAUUAAGAGUUUACCUUGCUUCCAGAAUGAAACGUUAAUAGCAAUUAAAGCUCCUCAUGGCACUACCUUAGAAGUUCCAGAUCCUGAUGAGGCUGUUGACUAUCCCCAGAGGAGAUACAGAAUAGUUCUCAGGAGUACAAUGGGACCGAUUGAUGUUUACCUUGUCAGUCAAUUCGAGGAAAAAUUUGAGGAGAUUAAUGCAGUCGAGGCACCUCCAGAUAUUCCUUCAACGUCGGGGGUGAAUGAGAAUUUAGCUACGACAUCAGUGACCAAGGAGAGUGGAGGAGACAACAUUCAAAUCGAAGAGCAGGAAGAUAAUAGGAUGUGCUCAGAUAUAGGCACAUCGCAAGAUUUUGUGAGUGGGAUCAUGAAAAUUGUUCCUGAUGUUGAUAGUGAUGCAGAUUACUGGCUUUUGUCAGAUGCUGAUGUUAGCAUCACAGACAUGUGGAGAACUGAAUCUGGAGUUGAUUGGGGCGAUUUGAGCGCAAUUCAAGAGAAUUAUGCCAUGCCUAGUGUUAGUACCCCACGUGCACAAACUCCACCACCACAUACAACAGAAGUGCCUUCUGCAACAAAUGUUUCAGGCAGUUAAAUAAGAUUGAUCAAUCCUACUUGCCAAUCCUAGGCAUGCUGAUUGCAGAAAACUGGAAGGAAGUGCCUGAAGCUUUUGAUAUAAAGUUCAGGUCCAGUAAUUUCUCCAUUUAAAACCCUUGAAAGACCUUGGAGUUGCAUUAGAUCACUUUCAGGAUCCACGUACUGCCGGAAUCUCCAGGAAGUCAAGCUAUGAAAGAGCUGGUAAACAGAAGUGGAGGCUGGUGGUUUUUUUGUACAUUAUGUAUCUAUACCCUGUAAUAUCAAUAAAUAGAUAAAGUUAUGUUAUCAUCAAACAUUGGCCACUGUAAAUUGUUUCCUUCACUACUACUUGCUGCUAGUUGAUGACCUUCAUAAGUGGAUAGUUUGUCAGUCAUAUUAUAAUGGUAAAUGCUAGUUGACUGCUU